AGCUGAACCUACGAUGGUGAGCGAGAGUCAUCACGAGGCGCUGGCAGCCCCGCCAGUCACCACUGUGGCGACUGUCCUGCCACAUAAUGCCACCGAGCCAGCCAGUCCCGGGGAAGGAAAGGAGGAUGCCUUCUCCAAGCUGAAGGAGAAGUUUAUGAAUGAGUUGCAUAAAAUUCCAUUGCCACCGUGGGCCUUAAUUGCCAUAGCCAUCGUCGCGGUCCUUUUGGUUCUGACCUGCUGCUUUUGCAUCUGUAAGAAGUGCUUGUUCAAAAAGAAAAACAAGAAGAAGGGAAAGGAAAAGGGAGGGAAGAAUGCCAUCAACAUGAAAGACGUGAAAGACCUGGGGAAGACCAUGAAAGAUCAGGCCCUAAAGGAUGAUGACGCUGAAACCGGAUUGACUGAUGGUGAAGAGAAAGAAGAACCCAAAGAAGAGGAGAAACUGGGAAAACUUCAGUACUCAUUGGAUUAUGAUUUCCAGAAUAACCAGCUGCUGGUGGGAAUCAUCCAGGCUGCCGAGCUGCCCGCCUUGGACAUGGGGGGCACCUCUGACCCCUAUGUGAAGGUGUUUCUGCUGCCCGAUAAAAAGAAGAAAUUUGAGACAAAAGUCCACCGAAAGACCCUUAAUCCUGUCUUCAACGAGCAAUUUACUUUCAAGGUGCCAUAUUCGGAAUUGGGUGGCAAAACUCUGGUGAUGGCUGUCUAUGAUUUUGAUCGCUUCUCUAAGCAUGACAUCAUUGGGGAAUUUAAAGUCCCCAUGAACACGGUGGAUUUCGGUCACGUAACUGAGGAGUGGCGUGAUCUGCAAAGUGCAGAGAAGGAAGAGCAAGAGAAAUUGGGUGAUAUCUGCUUCUCCCUUCGCUAUGUACCUACUGCUGGCAAGCUGACUGUUGUCAUUCUGGAGGCAAAGAACCUGAAGAAGAUGGAUGUGGGUGGCUUGUCUGGUAAGUCUAUGAUGUUUAUUGUGGGGGUUUUUAAUGCAAUUUCAUCAUGGACACCAAAUGCUUAGCACACAUGCCCAUGA